UCAGAGCUUGUGGAUAAUGCACAAGGUCUUAUAUGAUCAGAGCUCAUAAUAAUACCACCACCACUGAGUAUAUUUAGGUUUUUAGUGAAAUAGACAAGCAAAAAUGCCAAGGAUUUUGAAAAACAUAAACCACUUCUUCAAGAAAAAAUUUAAAGAUAUGGAGAAAGAAAUUUUGGUAAGUCACAUAAGCGCAGAGCCCUUGGAGCAUGUAGAUGAAUAUCCCAGAGAACAAAGUGGUUGCCUCAUGAACACGACAGACCAGUUUGGUGCAGAUCCCCGAAUGUACACUCAAGACUUAAUCCCUCCCAAUGUCACAGAUACACUUACUGGAGACAAAUAUCUCCAGGAGCUAAUAGACACAGCUGAGCAGGUAAAACAGUCUGAUGAACAAAAUAGUGUCAUGUGUGUUGGGAGUGGCAGCUAUUCUCAAAGCAAGUUGAAUAAGUACAUCACAGCAGUGGAAAAGUUUGUAGAUAACAACUUUCCUGAACUGCUUCCAAACUCACAGCCAUACACUGGGGAAUGCCUGAAUGACAUUAUGAGCUUGAUAUGUAGCCAGGUGACUGGCUUAUGUCCAGUAUUGGACAAUUCAGAACUAGUUCAUUACCUGCUUGACAGUUAUAAUCACCACCUGUUUAGCAUGUUGCACAUGUUAAUGGAUAGAAGUUCAUCAGUCAAAGAUUCGUUCUUCCUUUUACAAUGGGUGAAAAAGACAUUCUUCUGGCAGGAAUAUAAAGGAUGCUUUCACACACAUAAUUGUGUACUCAGUGUAUCAGACCCUUUCUUGCUGGUUGACUGGAUGGAGUAUUCAAAGCAAAAACUUCUAAAACUCCUUCAGGACAAUAUCUCGACUACCCUGUACAACAUCCUGCAACAUGAUGUACUUAAUGUUAUUAAUGUUGAUAGCAAUGAGGAGGAUUUCAUUCAAGUCCAACUUGAUGUUAUACAGUGUCUGAAUGCUCCCAUUCAAGCAAGUAAGACAGUCAGUCAGUCCCUUUCAAAUGCGGUACAAAGACUUUGUUGUGAUGAACUUCACAGUUUCAUACAGAAGUAUAUGAAUGUGCAGAGGGCAGAUGAGGCAAAUCUACUGUGUAACUUCAGGACAAUUUAUACCUGUCGGCAACUCAGGUCCUAUGCUCUGAGCAUCAUUGAUUUAAAUAAUAAGACAGAUUCAUCCACUCUCCUGAUGUUAGAAAAGAUAGAGAGUCAAUCUUUAUCCAGCACACAGCAGUGCUUUGCAUUCAUAGCAAAAGACAAGUUAAAGAAGUAUUUCAACAAAGAGGAUGCACAUUUAUGUAAAAUGAUGGCCAUAAUUCAAUGCAUGCUUGCAACUUUACCACAAAUAGAACAGGGACAGGAGACAAAACAGCUCAUGGUAAAUGCAGCAUACCACAGUGUUACCAGAGCAUAUUUACAAUGUUUAAUGGAGAAAAAUGUAAAAAAAUUAGAAAAGAGGUGGAAUGACGUAGAAAAGAGAAUAAUGGCAGAUGCUAAAAACUUCUAUGCCAGAUUUACACAAGAGAACGGAAUGGAUGAUGACCAGAAAAUGGUCCUGUUGAAAAUAGCUGAGCUUCUACAGUGCCGUAAUGUAGAUGCUCUUAAGCUUCUCUGCUCAAGUCUGUAUAUCAUUUUCCCCAAGGAGAGCGAGGAGUACAUUCCUGACCUACUGCACUGGAGAGGGGACUUGUCUAGUCGACAGAUUAAGAAAAUAAUUAAUGUGAGUAGAGAAGUUGAAGACCAUGUCAGAAAUGGAGACCACACCAAAGCCCAUAUGUGGUGCUGUCUUUGUUAAAUAUAAAUUCAAAGCAUAUAUAUAAAAUAUUAGAUUUUUUAAGCACUUUAAAGGUUAACAUUGGGAGGCAAAAGGCUGCAUUGGACUUUUAAAUUAUUCUUUUUAUUUUUUUACUACUUGAUUUUUUCUUAUGUCACGGAAGCGCAUUGCAUUCACAAAGGGAAAAAGAAUCACAGAAAGGAUCUCAUAGUUAUGACUUUAUAUCUCAGAAAUAUGAGAUAAGUUGGGGGGAUCUGUGGCAGGGGAGCGUUUUAGCGCAUAACACCAGAUCUGACGUUACUGCAUUUUUUAGGAAGCCCCUCAUUGCACAACAAUGGGGAUGUAGAAGCUCUCAUAUGGUUUAGCUUGAUGACUGUAUAUGCUAGUGUUAAGAUGGUUCUCACACUGGUUCUCUAAACACAUUCCUGUUAUCUGUUCAGUGUAUAUAAGAUCUUUACGAAGAGUAUGUAAGGUAUACAGGAAGUCUUUAUCUGGGCUCACACAUCUCCGGUUAUUAUGUCUUCUUACCCAAUCAGGAACAGUUUCAGCUCAGGUUUUUUUUUCCAGUGUGUGUAUAUACUUGUCUGUUAUCUGCAUUAAAUUAAAGAAGAACAUAUGCACCAUACUGCCUGCUGUGUGAUUGGUUCCUGAUCAGAAAAGGCACCACGGGCAUUGUAGAUCGCAUGGAAAACCUAUCCAAGAAUGAAGUUUUGUUUGGGCAUAAUAAAAAUCUAAUAGUAUAUUAGUUUAAUUAGCUACUGGACAUUUUCUCGCUGACCUGCCCCUCCUGAUAAUUCAUUUAGUUACGGUAAGUCAUGCUUCAGUUAACAGAUGCGGGGCAUUAACUAUUAUUAUUAUUAUUAUUAUUAUUAUUAUUAUUAUGAUUCUUAUAUUUUAACAUUGACUACUAAUACACAUUUUGACUGUCCACUGUAAAAGUUUGUUUUCUCAAAUUGACAGUUAGAAUGUGUAACACACAAGAAUGUGUAACAUCAAUAAUAAUAAUAAUAAUAAUAAUAAUAAUAAUAAU